AUGGCUGGCAGCAAUCUCCUCUCUCUAUUGGGAUGGACAUUCCUCCCCAAUCUCGUCACCGGCUGGGUACAGUCUAUCUACUACGGCCUCACCAUCCGCGCCGGCGACCGCAAACCCGCCCCGAACUCACCCCGAUACGCCGAACACCGCCGUCGCAUCCACAUCCUCGUAGUGUCCCUGCGUGCCUCUCGCCGCCACCGAGCGCGAUAUCAAGAGCCGUUUCCGCCGUCUCGCGCAUUGCACCACCCGGACAAAGUCAUGAGCAGUGCUGGUGGGGGUGAUGCCGCCGACAGUGCCGAUUUCUUUAUGCAUCUGAAAACGGCUUCGGACACCCUUGUUGACCCCGCGCGGCGCUUCGCCUAUGAGCGCUUUGGCCCAGAUAUUGUCGCCUGGAAACACUGCGUCACCAUACGCGAUUACGUUAUCCGCGGGGUCCAGGUCCUAGUUCCUUACUAUGGCUUUGCCGCCGUCGCCAUGACCGCUGCUACAGCCGCCAAAUCAGAGGGGAUGAAGCCCGGCGAGGCGUCGGAGAAGGCGUUACAACAAAGCUUAGAUAGACUCGAGCAGACGGCUUGGAGUAUGGAUGUCGACGCAGCACGACUCAUGGAGCUGGAGAUGGCUCCUUUUGCUGGCGAUGCCGAGGUAAUCGGUAGCAUGCGGUCGAAGCUAAAGGAAUGGCUCGUACAGAACACAAUCCGCGCGGAUCCCAUGGUGAAGGAUGCAUUGGGACGGUCGUUCCAAAAGCGACGGGUAGAUGCGCCUGCGGGGGCUAAGGGAAACAGAUAA